GCAGGUAGGCAGUGGCGGGGCUGCCCGCCGCCAUGGCGCUGUUCCCACGCUGAGCCGCGCGUCCCGCCAUGGCCGGAGCCAUAGCCUCCCGCAUGAGCUUCAGCUCCCUGAAGAGGAAGCAGCCCAAGACCUUCACCGUCCGCAUCGCCACUAUGGACGCCGAGAUGGAGUUCAGCUGCGAGGUGAAGUGGAAAGGGAAGGACCUGUUUGAUCUUGUGUGCAGGACCCUGGGACUCAGAGAAACCUGGUUCUUUGGGCUUCAGUAUACUAUCAAGGAUACAGUGGCUUGGCUCAAAAUGGACAAGAAGGUUCUGGAUCAUGAUGUUCCAACAGAGGAACCUGUCACCUUCCACUUCCUGGCCAAAUUUUAUCCUGAGAAUGCAGAGGAGGAACUGGUCCAGGAAAUCACCCAGCACUUGUUCUUCCUGCAGGUGAAGAAGCAGAUUUUGGAUGAGAAGAUCUACUGUCCUCCUGAAGCUUCUGUCCUGCUGGCCUCUUACGCUGUCCAAGCCAAGUAUGGUGACUACGAUCCAAAUGUCCACAAACGAGGCUUCUUGGCACAAGAGGAGCUGCUCCCAAAACGGGUGAUAAACCUGUACCAGAUGACUCCAGAGAUGUGGGAGGAAAGGAUAACAGCCUGGUAUGCAGAACACAGGGGCAGAGCAAGAGAUGAAGCUGAAAUGGAGUAUCUGAAGAUAGCUCAGGACCUGGAGAUGUACGGAGUCAACUAUUUUGCAAUCAGGAAUAAAAAAGGCACUGAACUGCUCCUUGGGAGUUGAUGCCUUGGGUCUUCACAUUAUGACCCAGACAACAGGUUAACCCCUAAAAUCUCCUUCCCAUGGAACGAGAUCCGGAAUAUCUCCUACAGUGAUAAAGAGUUUACAAUUAAGCCAUUGGACAAAAAGAUUGAUGUUUUUAAAUUCAAUUCGUCAAAGCUGCGUGUGAAUAAGCUGAUCCUUCAGCUGUGUAUUGGAAACCACGACCUCUUCAUGAGGAGGAGGAAGGCAGACUCCUUGGAGGUCCAGCAGAUGAAGGCACAAGCCAGGGAAGAGAAAGCCAGGAAGCAGAUGGAACGGCAGCGCCUGGCCCGAGAGAAGCAAAUGAGAGAAGAGGCUGAGAGGACAAGAGAUGAACUGGAGAGAAGAUUGAUGCAGUUAAAGGAAGAAGCAACAAUGGCCAAUGAGGCUCUGAUGAGGUCUGAAGAGACAGCAGACCUGCUGGCUGAGAAGGCUCAGAUCACAGAGGAGGAGGCCAAGCUCCUGGCACAGAAAGCAGCUGAGGCUGAGCAGGAGAUGCAGAGAAUCAAAGCCACGGCCAUCCGGACAGAGGAGGAGAAGAGACUGAUGGAACAGAAGGUGCUGGAGGCAGAGAUGUUGGCACUGAAAAUGGCAGAGGAGUCGGAGAGGAGGGCAAAGGAGGCUGAUCAGCUGAAACAAGACCUUCAGGAGGCUCGUGAGUCUGAGAGGAGAGCAAAGCAGAAGCUUCUGGAGAUCACCAAGUCAUCCUACACACAGUCCAUGAACUCGAGCACAACAGCACUGCCCACUGACCUGCCAAGCUUCAACCUCAUCAGUGAGAGCCUGUCCUUUGACUUCAAAGACACAGACAUGAAGAGGCUUUCCAUGGAAAUUGAGAAGGAGAAGGUAGAGUACAUGGAGAAGAGCAAACACCUGCAGGAGCAGCUGAACGAGCUGAAGACAGAAAUUGAAGCACUGAAGCUGAAGGAGAGAGAGACAGCUCUGGAUAUAUUGCACAACGAGAACACCAGCAGAGGCAACAGCAAGCACAACACUAUUAAAAAGCUCACUCUCCAGAGCACCAAGUCCCGCGUGGCAUUCUUCGAGGAGCUCUAGGAAGUGACCACAGCGCUCUACCCACCGGCCCCGAGUUCCCCUGGGACCACCGUGUCCCAAAAGGAGCUGGGGGGUCCAGGCAUGGCCCCCCACCCCCCUGGCCGCUGCCAGCCUCCCCACAGCGACAGCGUCCAGCCCAGCUGCCCAUGGACUCUGUGAUGUUCUACACCUCAGAGACCCUUCGUCCUCCUCCCUUCUUUAUUUUUCCCGUGGUUUCUUCUUUUUUUUUUUCUUUUCCUCGGGUAGUUUUGACCCCUCCCCCGGUGGUGUGUGUGUGUGUGUGUGUGUGUGUGUGUGUGUGUGUGUGUGUGUCCCCAGGCUGACAGCACCCUGAAGGGAUCCCCAGCAGGGAUGCCAUCCCUCCGGCGCUGCCCGGAGCUCCAUUAGAACUCAGAGCAUGUUCCAGUGGAGUGCUGUAAAUCAGGAGCCGUCUCGCCGGCUCUCCCAGCGCCUGCAGGACCUCAGCUUCUGGGGAUUCGAGCUGCUGCGGCUGCCCUGGGGAGGAGAGACACGGGGAGGGGAGGGGGGGAGAUGGGGAGGAAGGUCUCCUCCUUUCUGGCAGGGAUAAGGAGCAGAGCAGCUGCUGCCAACCAAAUGCAAUUGCCCUGCAAACUGUGAGAAACACAAGCAGCUCGAAGCUGGGGGGGCUUUUGCAGGGUGCCUAGGGUCCCACACCCCCUCAGGAAGCAUAGGGACACCCCCCAGCUUUUCCCAUUCCCCUUGGGGAUGGUGCCUUCCUGAGGCUGCCUGCUCCUGCCUGUCCUUCCACCCAUGCUUUUCCUGACAGCUCUGACUCCCCCCCCAGCAACAGCCAUGGGGGCAACGGGGAUAUCUUGACCUUUCCCUCCUGCCUUCAUCCCAAAUCCUGCCCUGAGCUCGGGGGAAACUUCCCAUCACCCCGGAACGCUGCCUCGGGCUUCCACUUGGGACCCCCACUUCCUCCCUCCCCAACCUUAGUUGACCCCCAGCCCCACUGGAGUGAGCUGGAGGCUCAGCCCUGGGGCUCAGCAUGUCCUGAACCCUUUUUAUUUAAUCCCACUCUGCCCCGGUGGGUGCCCCGUGAGCAGCUGGGGGCUGGGGCUGGCACAGCCCCUUCCCCUGCACCGCCAGACUGGGGAGAAAAAUCCCUUAUCUCCUUGGUUUUAAUAAAAAUUCAGCCCACUCAAA